GCUCAGACGCUUGAGUAGGAGGCUCUGGUAUGAGUGUCAACUGAGAACUGUUGCAGUUAACCUUCACAGACAGCAGCACAUUGACGCUGGGGUUGGUGGGAUCUGGGAAGACGUUACCCCGAUAAUCAACAUCCUUCAGGGCCCAACAUCUAAAAUCAGAAUGGAAGCUCGAGGUGAGAAACCGCUCAGCUGUGGGACAGUUUGUCUGAAAUAUCUUCUGUUUCUCUUCAACAUUCUGUUUUGGCUGGCAGGAGGCGUUGUGUUGGCGGUGGGAGUGUGGACUCUGGUGGAAAAGAGCGACUACAUCAGUUUACUGAACUCCAGCUUCUACUCAGCCUCGGCUUACAUCUUGAUAGCUGCCGGGGUCAUCGUGAUAGUGACCGGCAUCAUCGGAUGCUGCGCCACUCUGAAGGAGAUGAAGUGUCUUUUGACUGUGUAUUUGGUCUUGUUGCUCUGUAUUUUCCUGCUGGAAAUCAUUGCUGGGGUGCUGGCUUUCAUUACCUACCAAGAGUGUUUCCCUUUCUGCUACCAGCUGGACGAGGAGCUCAGACAGAAUCUGAAGGUGACCAUGCAGCAGAAAUACCAGCAGCCGGGGGAGGAGAGCGUCACGCAGGCCGUGGAUAAACUUCAGCAGGAGUUUAAGUGUUGUGGCAGUCAUAACUCCUCAGACUGGAGUGACUGUGUGUGGAUCCAGGCAGCAGAGAACGAGCGUCUCGUUCCUGAUAGCUGCUGUAAAAGUCCCGGUGACCUCUGCGGCCGCAGGGACCAUCCCUCCAACAUCUACAAGGUGGAGGGAGGCUGCAUUAUGAAAUUAGAGGAGUUCAUCCUGAGUCAGUUGUAUAUUCUCGGUGCAGUGGGCAUAGGGAUUGCAUUUCUACAGCUUGUGGGGAUGAUGUUUACGUGCUGCCUUUAUCAAAAUUUGAAAGAAGAUCCGUCCUGAUUUUUUAAAACUUUUUUGAUAUCGUAAAAUGUGUCAUAUCAUGAAUUGUAAAAUGUUUGGUUAGGUAUAUUAAUGCCCCAAUUAUUCACACAGUUUUGGAUGCUGUGAAGCGGCCAACUCAAAUUAUGACAUGAUGAUUUACACAUCGUUCUUUUUCUGCAAAAUGCCAUUACAUACUUUAAAGUGGCAGUAGACAGAAUAUUUUUGGCAUCAUUGGGCAAAAAUCCCAUAAUAACCUUUCAGCAUAUUGUAAUUCAAGUGACUUCUGAACCUUCUGUACCCCCUCAUGGCUCUGUUUUCAGGCUUUAAAAAAUGAAGACUUUGGCCAAUCACAGGUCAUUUCAGAGAAAGAGCGUUCCUAUUGGCUGAGCUCCAGCUGGUGGGCGGUGCUUGGUAUUUCCUCAACAGA